GCCGAGCUCGCUGUUACUAUGGGUUGAAUGUUGACACGGCUAAGUUAUGCGCCCGAUCCGGCUGUGUUUCUCAUGCAUUAGCCGGAGCUCUGGUUAUGUGUUUAUGUAAUUGAUGUUCAGAGAGAACCUAAGUUACUAAAUCACGACGUUUAAAGUCGUUACCAGCCACUACAUGGACAGAAACGCUUUUAACACCUGUGGAUACUUUAUUCCGGGCUGUCACUUAAGACAUAAGACUCCAUAAUCUCCAUAUCAGACAACCAGCAGCACCAAAUGUUUAUCUAAAUGUUAUUGGAGCUGUGGAAGAAACCGGCUGUUAUGAUCAGAUGUGGUCAUGUGGCUUUAUAUCCCAGAGAUCUAGAUCGUUAUGGAUAUUUUGCGGCCAGCGCUUAUUAACAUCAGUGGGAGGAUUUACAGAGAAAUUCCUGUUAAAGAAGAACAUUAUGAAGAUGAAGAGGAGGAGGAUUUCUCAUACUCUGGACCAGUUGCAGAUCAGUGCAUAGAUGAACCUUGUGAUGCAGUUAACAUUGAACAGACUGAAAAGGGCUUUCGUUGUGCCAUAGAUGUCCCAAGUGUUCUUUACAAGUAUAUCAUUGGCAAGAAAGGAGAGACACGGAAACGGCUUGAAUCAGAAACCAAAACUUCAAUCAGUAUUCCCAAACAAGGAGUGGAGGGACAGAUAGUGAUCACAGGACCUCAGAAAUCUGCAGUGGCAUCAGCCGUUACUCGUGUGGAGGUUUUGAUAGAGAGUUUCCGCAGGAAGCAACCAUUCACCCAUUUCCUGUCCUUCGCGCUUAACCACCCCCAGGUCCAGGAGGGGUUCCAGCGCUUUAAGGAGGAAGUGCUGGAGCACUGUUCUCAGGGUUUGGGAGUGGAUGAGAGUAUCUUUCAAAACCCAGCGAAACUGCACCUCACCAUAGGAACUCUUGCCCUGCUAAAUGAACAGGAAGUGAUGCGAGCAUGUGAGCUGCUGCAGCAGUGUCAGGGCUUUAUCAGGGAAAUAACAGAAGGGAAGCCCUUAGCUCUGGAGGUAAGAGGGAUUGAGUACAUGAACGAUGACCCCUCCAUGGUGGACGUCUUAUAUGCUAAGGUCAUCACUCAGGACACCUCUGAUAGAUUGCAGCAGGUAGCAGACAGACUGGUGGAGAGUUUUUUAGCAGCAGGGCUGAUGGUGAAAGAGUGGGACAGAGUGAAGCUUCACGUCACUGUCAUGAAUACACUGUUCAGAAAGGAUCCUUCAGUGGAGGAUAAAGGAGGCCCAGGAAGGCAGAAUAUGAAGGAUCGAGAAGCUUUUGAUGCCAGAAAUAUUUUGGAGAUGUUUAGAGAAUAUUUUUUUGGAGCGUGCGAGUUGGACUCUGUGCAGUUAUCUCAGAGGUUCUCCUCUGACCAUUCAGGAUACUACUGUUCAGCUGGACAUGUCACCUUCUCCUGACCCGUUGCUCCUGUGCAUAUGCACACAAAUGCUUAUUGAAUGAAAUAAACUCAUACUGAGUCUUUUUUAUUACAAAGUUUAUUUCCCACUCUUGUGGGAUUUGGAAGCCUGGAGAGUAAGCACACGUUUCUCUGAGUAACAGCCGUGGUAUCAGAGGAAAAAAAACUGUCUCUUCUGAUCAUUUAGCAUUUAUAUCUGACAUGUCUUUAGCAGCAGAAUUGCAUGUUGUCAGUAACAUUAUCCUGUUAUUAUAUUGUGUAAUGUUAUUACAUUAAAAAAUCAUCAUCAUAA